AGCGGCGCUGGCCGGGCUCUUUUGUUCAGGGCGGCGGACGGAGCGCGGCCAGGCCCGGGCCCCCCCCCGACCCCCGAGCGCGCCCCCCGCGCCCCUUCCCUCGGACACCGGCGGCGGGGCUGUGCAAGCAGCCCGGGAAAGCGGAGAAGCUGGCCAGCACAAUGGGAAAGAAGCAGAACAAGAAGAAGGUGGAGGAGGUGCUGGAGGAGGAGGAGGAGGAGUACGUGGUGGAGAAGGUGCUGGACCGGCGCGUGGUCAAGGGCAAGGUGGAAUACCUGCUCAAGUGGAAGGGCUUCUCCGACGAGGACAACACGUGGGAGCCCGAGGAGAACCUGGACUGCCCGGAUCUGAUCGCGGAGUUCCUGCAGUCGCAGAAAACCGCGCACGAGAGCGAGAAAUCCGAGGGCAGCAAGCGCAAGGCCGAGUCUGACACGGAGGACAAGGGCGAGGAGAGCAAACCAAAGAAGAAGAAGGAGGAGUCGGAGAAACCGCGCGGCUUCGCCCGGGGCUUCGAGCCGGAGCGGAUCAUCGGCGCCACGGACUCCAGCGGGGAGCUGAUGUUCCUGAUGAAGUGGAAGAACUCUGACGAGGCCGACCUGGUGCCCGCCAAGGAGGCCAACAUCAAGUGCCCGCAGGUGGUGAUCUCGUUCUACGAGGAGAGGUUGACAUGGCACUCGUACCCCUCAGAGGACGAUGACAAGAAGGAGGACAAGAACUAAGCCCCGCUGGCCCCGCUCCGGGCGGCUCUGGGGGAUUUUUUGGGAAGGAGAUCGGAACUUGAGUGGGCUGUGAGCACAGGAGGGUCUGGGGUGCCCUGCAGAGCCCCCCGGCCGGGCCCUGUGCCCUGCGGCCGCUCCUCUGCUCCCUGCGUGCCCACAGCAGAGCCCGGGGAUGCGGUGUGGGGUGGGGGGUCUGGGGUGGGGAGGGGUCUCGGGGCAGGGGGAGCGGAGGCAAAGCCCCUUCCAUGAAGGACAGGCCGGGCUGGGGCUGGGGCUGGGGCUGGGGUGCAGAUGGACCCUGCUCCCCCCAGAGCCCAUCCACAGCCCGGCCCUGCUCCCAUAGUGUUAACUCUGCAUUUCUAAGGUGUAGCAUGUGUGUAGGUCUUUUGAUUCGGAUUCUUAUUUUCCUUUUUUUUUUUUUACCCUUUGUUACCUUUUUUUUUUUUUUUUUUUUUUUUUUGGCUAUUUCCUGGUGUUCUCCUUUGGGAAGGAAGGGAGGGAUUUUGGGGGGAAUUCAAUCAUUUUUAAUCAAGGAGGGAAAUGAGGUCUGGUGAUGACAUUCCCAGAUCAUUUCCAUACUUUUAGGGCUUUUUUUUUUUCUUUUUUAAAAAAACCUGAAUUCAGUUUUUUUUUUCUAAAAAUAAAACCUGAAUUCAGCAAAGAAAAUCAAUGGAUUAAAAAAAAAACAAACUAAGGGAGAAAGGGAGAAGAUCCCAGAAUUGCUGCCAGACCUGGGGACAGAGACACUGAAACUGUGAAAGUCCAAAAUCUCCGGAGCUGAUCCUCGAGCGAUUUUUAGGGGGAACUUUUGGGGAAAACGGGGAGGGGAUUUUUGGGGCGGGAGGGGAGGAAGGGGAGACUUUGUGAAAAUGCAACUUUGUGAUUCUGUAUCGUCCUGCAGCAGAACUGCCACUCCUGACACGUGCAUUGUAUGGGGGGGAUGGACUUUAACCCUUUAUUGCCUUUUUAACCCUUUUUUUUUUUCCGUUCUAAGGUGCUAUUUCUCCAAAUUAGGGGGAGAAUCCCCCCCAAAAAAAGAGAUUUCCUGAAUUUCUGACCACUCCUUCUUUUUCCCACUCUGGAUUUUCCUGCCCAGCCUGCAGGGAGGGAAUGUGGGAGGGAGAGGAACCGAGAGCAGCACAAGCAGAAAUCCAAUCAGUCCCAAUUUCUCCCCAAAACGGGGCUGGGGCUCCUUUCCCAGAACCUCGGGGGGGUUUGAUUUUUGCAAUCAGAUUUAUUUCCCAAAUCCUGAACUAUUUAAGUGACUCCAGGGGUGGGGAUCUCGACGUGCAUUGUACAAACCUUUUUUAUGAGCAUGUGUUUGGGUUCCUGUGCAAAAAUCCGUGUGCAAAUGUAAAAGUUCGUGUUUGGAUUUUAACUUCAUACCGAGCUCUGUCCAGUUUUUAUUUUGGUUUUUUUUUGUUUUGUUUUGACAUUUUUUUUGUC